AGGUAGCAGUCAGUGCAAUGGGAUAGAGGAGAGCGAGGAGGAGGAGGAGGAGAGUGAAUGAGAGCUGCUGGAUCUGCCUUGCCUGCGUGCCUGCCUGUCGUCUGCUGAAGCUGGGUUUACUGCCGCGCCACGCUGCACUGGCACAGAGCAGAGUCACGGCCCAUUUGCACCACCGUCUGCACUCUCAGCACCAACACGGAGCCACACAGCACCGGUUCUUACCCCAGCGACACCCACCAGCAAGUAAAUCCAGGGGCAGAGCUCACCAGGCUUUCUCCAUCACCAAGGGGGGGACGCAGCAGCUACAAAGGGGGCCUGACGCUACAAUUUAGGCACCAGCUGCUACUUUAACCAAAUCCCCCUCCACCUUAUCCCAUCCUUACCAACACCACCAUCACUCCUCUCUUGCUCCUCCCUAUGCCCUUGUCCGCGGCGGCUCCUCUCACCUCCCUGGCCAGUAUAUGGAUAGAAGCUCCCUGUUUCAGCUCAUACAAGAGCAGGUAAGCGAGUGAGCAGGCAGCGGCAGAGGUUUCUAUGGUUACGGGCUCCUGGCCACCUCGCCGUCUAUCCAGGGAUUGAGACGUGGAGGCUGGGGGUGAGAGCUGAUGUUAAGAUUGAUAGCAGGGGCUGUUUGCACGGGCAAAAUGAGAGCGUGAGACAACACGACGGACGCAAGCAUCAUGGAGCCAUGUGGGCCCAGAGAAUGUGAGCUGGACCCAGACAACACCGGUUUCAUCGCAGUGGAGAACUUCACCAGCUUGGUGGAGCACCAUGAGCUGCAGCUGGACCCGUCCAAACUGGACAUGCUGUUAGCCCUGGUCCAGAGCAAUGAAGAGGGACAGGUGUGCUACCAGGAGCUCAUCGAGCUGAUGAGCAGUAAGCGCUCCAGCAGUUUCCGACGGGCCAUUGCGAAUGGCCGCCGAACGCUGCAAAGGGAGAUCCUGCUGGACGAGACGGGGCUCGGUCUGUACAAACGUUUUGUGCGCUAUGUGGCCUACGAGAUCCUGCCCUGCGAGACGGACCGGCGCUGGUACUUCCACCAGAACCGCCUGUGUCCCCCGCCUGUCUUCAUUGCCAUCGUCACCAUCGUACAGAUUAUCGUGUUCAUGUGCUAUGGCAUCAUGCUAAACAAGUGGGUACUGCAGACCUAUCAGCCCGACUUCAUGAAGAGCCCCUUGGUCUAUCAUCCCGGCCACCGUGCACAAGUGUGGCGCUUCUUCAGCUACAUGUUCAUGCACGUUGGUUUGGAGCAGCUGGGGUUCAACGCUUUAUUGCAGCUGAUGAUUGGCGUUCCUUUGGAGAUGGUCCAUGGCAUCUUACGAAUAAGUCUGCUUUACAUGGCAGGAGUGCUGGCUGGCUCACUGACAGUGUCCAUCACCGACAUGCGUGCUCCAGUGGUGGGGGGCUCCGGAGGGGUCUACGCUCUGUGCUCAGCACAUCUGGCCAACGUCGUCAUGAACUGGGCCGGGAUGCGUUGUCCGUACAAGCUGCUCCGCAUGAUCCUGGCGCUAGUUUGCAUGAGUUCGGAGGUGGGUCGUGCAGUCUGGCUCCGCUUCUCACCGCCGCUGCCCUCCUCGGGGCCCCAGCCCAGCUUCAUGGCACACCUAUCGGGGGCCGUGGUCGGUAUCAGCAUGGGGCUGCUGAUUCUGCGCAGCUAUGAGGAGAGUCUGCAGAAACAGUGCUCUUGGUGGGUCAUCGUCUUCUCCUUCAUCACCUUUCUCCUCUUCGCCAUCUUCUGGAACAUCUUUGCAUAUGAGCUGCUGGGGGUGCAGAUACCGCCGCCUCCCUGAUGAAGGCCCCCCCCUCCCUCAACAGGUCCUCCCCCACAUACAUACUGACUCCAACCCUGCUCCAAACAAAGGCUCCCCUUUGACCAUCGUUAAUAUUUCCUCUAAAGUUAAACCCAAAUGAAAUGAUAUGAUAUCAUUCGAAACUAAAAAAUCAACCAAGAAUCCUUUUUUACAGAUACUUUGCAAAUCAAAGAAAUAUGUCUCUUUUAUUAAAGAGGGAUUACAGUAGCAACACGUACAGGUGAACGUUCCUCAGAUCCAUUUUGAGGAGCAUUAUAUCUUUUUAUACAUACGUUGAAAUUUCAUCCACAUUACCAGCACUAACCUUUCAGUGAGCAUUUAGCCAUUGUGCUCUUUAUAUCAGAGGCUUUUUGAACAGCUGUUUCUUUGAGUGCAUCUUGCAUACACGUAAAGAAGAAUCAGAGUUGAUGACGCGUGUCUGUGGUGAAAGGGAAAGAGAAUUAAAGGGAGGAAAACCGUAGGAGUGUGUGUUGCAAUGGUGACAACGCUGAGAAAUGUUUCAUGGAGGUUUGCUUAAAGGCACUUAAGCAGAGUAGACACCUGCAUCUGAGUCCUUUGGCUGUGCCACAAAUCAAAGCUGAAGCUGCUUUGACUGAAGAGAAAGUUUAUUUCUGGGGGCAGCAAUUAAAAAAAAAAUACAGAAGCACUAAUGAAAUAUGAUUGCUGAUAUGAUUUUUUGAUUUCCCAGCCCUGCUGUAACUCACAGAGGUCACUGGCUUUUUGCAAAAUUGCUGGCUCACUGAUGGAAAAACAAAAAAACAACUGAUAGAACAAAUUGAGCUGCUAAGAAGGAUCUCCAGCACGAUUAUAAGACAUCAGUCAAAAUUCUUUGCCCCCGAGUGCAAAUGGCUUUACCACAGGAAGGAGGAAAAAGGGAGGAGAAAAGUUUUAAAUGCAAGUUUUAUGUGGAUUAUUUCAUCGUCAAUGAGUACCUUAAGAUUUAUCUGUCAUUUUCACUUCAUGGGGGUCUUGAAAAAUUAGAAGACAUGCGUUUUUUUAUGUUAUUGUCAUGACAUUAUACCUACACUGUGGAUACAGACACAUAGUUCACACAACACAGACAAGACGGGAAGAUGGGAAAUGAAAGUGACCGCGUGACAGGAGAGGAGAGAAAAAGAAGCUCAUGAGAAAAUGUCAGCUGAAGUUUCCUGGAUGCUAAUCACUUAAGUGGGUGAACUCCUCCUGUUGCUGUGUCCCACUAACCACCAACUUGCUAGGCGCACCAUGUAAAAUAUGCCAUGUCAUGCUCUGUGGCUCUCAGCGAGACACACACACACACACACACACACACACACACACACACACACACACACACACACACACACACACACACACACACACUUCUCACCUUUGUCUUCCUGUAGGUUAACUUGGACAAACCGAAGAGAAGAACACCACACACACACACACACACACACACACACACACUGGCCUCUGCCUGUUCUCGCUCUGACAGACUGAACUGGGGAGAGCACGGAUGUGUCAUCAUCUGACCUCUGACCUUCAUGUCCCAGAGGGCAUUGGGGUCUCUCCGUCGGGCCCAGUCUAUACCUCAGUUUCUCAUUCUUAGGGACUGUAUACUUUUGUAAAGGAAUGUACCUAUAAUGAAAAAAAAAGAGUGUUAUUAAGUUGUCCCCAUUUUUCAUUUGAUAGUGGAUGUGUAUAUUGUAUGUUCAUAACCAAGAGUAUAUUUAUUUGUAUUUUCUUUCUCUCUCUUUGAGGGGAAAAGAGAAAAAUUUCAAAUGGUGCAAAAUGCUAUGAUUGUUGUUCUUCUGAUAACUCCUGUAUGGCUUUGACAAAUAGUCUAUGAGGCAGAAUCCCCUGGUUUGUUAGAUGACCACCAAUGGCUCAAGCUCACUUGAUUUUAUAAAUCUUUAGUGCUUUACAAAAUAAGCCAUAGACAGAACUAAUUGGAGAGGGUAAAAGAAGAGGAAAAAAAUAUGUUUUUUGGUUUAAAACUUGCUGUUUGGUAGCUUCUGUGUGUGUGUGUGUGUGUGUGUGUGUGUGUGUGUGUGUGUGUGUGUGUGUGUGUGUGUGACAUAAUUUCUUUAUUGUGAAUAUUCAACAGGUGAGGUGAAAGAAGACAAACUGUGCAAAUACAAAAUGAAACUCUGGACUGUUUGAGAUAUUUUCAGGUAGCGAGACACAUUUUUACAACUUGUUCGACGCCAACCUGUUUGUAGUCGAUGAUGCAGCUUCAUUUUGCAAGUGCCCACAUCUCCAAACUCUCCCCUGCAGUGUGCAGAUGCCCCACUGCAGCUCUUCUUUUGCAAAUAACAAAUUAUGGACAGAGCUUCUGUCAUAUAUUAUCUCUAGAGUGAUUUAAACUUUUUUGGAAAGCUGAGGAUAGGAAAGCAAUUACAUUUACUCAUGCUACGUUCCAAUAAUUCAUUUGAAUGUCCACUGGCUGCCUGGGGAAAGAAAUUAGUUAUGCAUUUGGCAAUUUUGAUAGUUGGUCAUAAAUACAGUUCUCAGCAUUUGCGUCUACAUGAAACUGUCAUAGUAACAGGAGACUUGAUGUUAAAUGAGGAAAUCGGUAUGAAAUAGCCAGAAAAAUAGCCAUUUUCAGAUGCAUUUAAAAAAAAAAAGAUCAGCCAAUAUGUAUAAUAAUGGAUCUUUGAUAGAAACUCUUGUGUAUACUAUGAAAUAAUAUUGCUUGGGAUGGCAAAAAUACCUCGAUUAAUAAUGCAUACAUACCCUGUUAGCUCAUAAUGAAGAUAAAGAGGAUGCCUGGGCGGAGGUUAAUGCACCUCUUUAACUGAAGAUUCAUAGGAACCCAGAAGGGUUGUAAAAAGGGCUAGUAAUAUCUAUGUUUUUGUAGAACACAUUAACUGUGAAUAUUACCCCUCCUGGAAGUACAUGCAGGACUAAAAUUGAAGGCUUGUGAAUUCUUGUUGCCCCUAAAACAGAUACCCAACUGAGUUCUCCUCACACAAAGGGAAAUGUCGGGUGUUUGAUUUAUAAUUAAGUAUCUUCUGAAAAGAAAGCAGACAAUAGCAUCAUAAACAGAAGAGAAAGUGAGCAGUGCAUGUAUCUUACAUAAGAAGGUGGAGGGGUAAAGUUUUCUGGAUUAGUUUAUUUACUUCUCUGUAAACCAAAUCUCCUGGCCCUGAGCCAACCCCAACACACCUUCUAAACAAAGUCACAUUCAUCUGAUAAAAGCCUCUCCUGCACUCAGACAGCAUCUUAGAGGACAGGAGUGAUAGAGGCCUGACUCAAAUCCUCGGGCUUGACAGGUGGUUUUUGGUUUGUGAGGGACAGCAGAAACAACAGUGUUGGCACUCUUUUUAAAAACCUCAGCAGCAGCGUACAUGCUCUCCCAACACCUCCAGUGUCAGGAUGAUGCAUGGCUCAUGCGAGGACACACCAGAGCCCAAAGCUAGACCGUAAACAGGAUAUCAUCCUUUAAUAAGUGGUUCUGACAGGCUGCAUGAUGUUAAUUUAAUUGCUGUCUUCUGAGUGACACAUUUGUUUUCAACAGUAUAAGGAAGGCACAGUGAUGAAUGGCAUGAGCUGAAUAUGAGCAGACUAUCAAUAACAUGCAAUCUAUCAGUGGGUAAUGCAAAUGCCCCCCCCUUGACUGGUCUCUAUACAGUCAUGAGUGUGGUGCGAGAUGAUGUCGUGCCAACUUGUUUGAGUCUCAUUCAUACAUUAACCCACCUGGAUGUGGCUGAACACAAAAUACUUCAUUUCUGUGCUCAUCUGAUUCAAACAUGCAGCAUACUUGACAUUUCUCUGCUGUUUCCUGUUCCUUUAUUAUACGUGGGCCUUUUUUGUUGUUGCACUUAUUAUAAUGUAGUUAACUGACAUGUUGGCAUGUGCCAUAUUCUCUACUGCCAUAAACAUUCUUUAAAGUUUUUUUUUUUUACCUCCCUAUGCCAAUCCAUUGUGCUGUUAUGCCCAAUGCCUUGUUAUCAUAUAUCCGCCCAGAACUAAGCACCGGGCAGAAAAAGCUGCUUUGCCAUCAGCUGUACGGUGUAUUAUGAUCAUGCAUAGAAUCCAUAAGAGAAAGAAGCCGCAGUGCAAACAACUGAAAUUGUUAAUAUAUCCAGUAGCUGCUCUGAACAGCUGCUCGCCAACAAGCCGGCCAGGUUGCCUUUUCUUAGUGUUUAUUGCUACUUAGAUAUACAGUAUAUGGGUAACUCUCACUGCAGGACUGUGCAGGUAAAGCAGGCUACUGUAGCUCCAGAGAUGGAAUUGUACUUACAGCAACAGUGCAUACAAGGGUUUGACUAAAGACAUUGUACCUGAAAUGCUGGUUUCUAGGACCCCAAAGGUACAGACAUUUGGCUUUAGUUCCCAAAUUAUCCUGAAUAUUGAUACGAUAAAAUGUGUAAGAUAUAACAUAAACUGGAUGGGACACUGCAGACUAAAUGUGCAUCUGUGAAUGAUGAUGGUUGCAGGUUGUCAUAGCUCAACAACUAUCCAUUAUGCUAAAAAUAUACAGUCUACAAUAUUGAACUUAAUGAAGAUAAGUGAACACAGAUUUUUGUCUACCACAGCUAGAAACAAGCAUACAAUAGUUUGUAAAUGCAUUUAGGGUUUGUUUCUAGAGAUGAGGGUAUAUUUUGUGGUUUGUAACAGAGAACGUCGCUAAAGUCUUAGUUUCACAGUUUCUAGCUUUGGUAUAGAUUCUUUUCAUGUUCACAAAACCUGCCUGAGCGCCUCGAGGUCAUGCAAAUAUCAACAGGUGGUUUCUUUAAAUUAGUUGUUUCCCUCUAAAGAUUAAAAAAAAGAAGUAAUGUCUGUGCUGCUGUGGUAGCUUUUCACGAGCUGCUUACUUUUAUUGAUAAAAAUGGUGCCAAGCUUAAGAGGUUCAAUUUCUCAGACCAGACAAGAGGUUGUACCAACACAGCGUUUACAAAAAGAAAAAGCAGAAGCUAUUUUUCUCUCGAUCAUGAGGAAACUAAAGGAAAACUAAAUUUACAUGUGGAUAAUUUAUAUCAAAGUCCUCAUUAAUUAUUUCACAAUCUAUUGUACUUUUUAAAUGUUCUGAACGGAACCAUUUUAUAUUGUAUAUAUAUGAAUAUAUUUUGUUUUAUUUUGUACUGUUCAUUGUACUUUGCUUUAAUUUAGAAACAAUAUAAAUAAAGAACAAUACUGUGGCAACAUC